AUGUUUGACGUUCGUCAUGAUGAGCGGCUGCAGUUCCAAACUGACCACACCACCGCUGGAAGCUCAACCCUUGCCCGGCGUGAGAGCUUGAGUAUUAGGCCCCGGUACUGCCUGCAGUGCUCCGAGUUUGAGGGCGGCUGCCCAGGCAGGAGACAGGCCACUGGAGGAGACGGCGCGGGCCUAAAAGAGGUAUACAAGGGCAGGAAUCUCACCGUUUUCGCUAGCGACAGCCAGCGCGCCGACCACGCGGUUCAACUGGACUUCCAUUUCGCACGUGGCAGCCAGGGCACCGUUCACUGGCACGGCCUUCUCCAAGGACGGGCGCUUUUUCUCGACACCCCUCGCCUGGCCCUGGACGUCAACAGCCGCGAAAGCCUGAUCGCGACGCUGGAAUACAUAGAAGAAAAGACAGAGGCAGACCAGGUGUUCCUUAACUUCUACAAGUUUCGGCAGGACCGAGGGGAGUUGCUACGGGCGUUUGGCUUCUUGGGCUUCGAACUUGUGCACCCGGGCCACCCUUCCCUUCCACCCUGGGAGGAUGCAGUUUUCAUGGCCUAUCCCAUGGAACGAGACCAAUGCCAGGAACGAAAGCCGGAGACACCCCAGGCAGGCCCAUCAGAACAGCCGGAUGGAGCUGCACCAACAGACAACCUCCUUUGA